AUGACUGAUCGGUUCGGCAAUUCUGCGUACACAAAUGACUACUAUGAUUAUGAUACCACCGGAGCAACAUACGAUACAAUUGGCACAUCUUAUGAUAAAAAUGGGAACACUUUUGACGCCACUGGAUAUGGUGGAUAUGCAACGACUGGCUUCGGUACGACAGGUUAUGGCACAGAUGCCAUAGGUAACACAUACGGUACAACUUAUGAUACUGGGUACGGUACCACAGCCUAUGACCCCAGCAGCGGUGCAUAUGAUCAGCAUCUCGACUAUCGUACCGACAACUCUCGACGACAUCAUCGCGAGAGACUCGAUCCCAGCGGCGUCUAUCGACACCGAGAUGUUGAUCGCCGCGAUGAUGGCACGACACAUGUUCACCGAGAAUACGAUAACCCUAAUACCGGCACCAGCUACCAUCGCGACUAUGAGCGAUAA